AUGGCUGCGGAAAUAGAGAAGAUGCAAAAGGAGCUGGCUGCUGCUCGGGAGAAGUUGGAGGCGGCGAACCUAAAGAGGAGGAUGGUACCUACCAUGAAGGAAACGGCUACCACUGGAGACAGAGCGAUCGAGAGCUACGCCUCUAUCAUGGACAACGUGUCUGGCACUGUCAGGAACGAUAUAAUCGAAGGCCCGCUGUCCAUUAAGGACAUCAACAAGACUGCCAAUUCCGAGAUGAGCAAUUCCGAGAUGGCCAAUUCCGAGACCAAGUCUGUCAGAACCGAGGCAACCACCAUGAAGGAAACGGCCACCACUGGAGGCAGAGCGAUCGAGAGCUAUGCCUCUAUCGUGGACAACGUGUUUGACACUGUCGGGAACGAUAUGAUUGAAGGCCUGUCGUCCAUCAAGGACAGCAUCAAUACAGGCAGUACCAACGUCAACGUCCUUUCUGCCUUGCGGAAGCGGAAACGGAGUCAGUCACCCGGGGCGGAAUCCCCGGCGAAAUACAACAAGACUUCCGCCGUCGCGAAGAUGCCUACGCUCGCCGAUUCUGCCCCGAUCCUUGCCGGCACUCCUGCGGUGGGAGCCGAUGCUACUGUGGAGGCCGAUUCCCUUGCGACAAAGCCGAAUACUCCCAAAGCACCUAUUGUGCAGUCCGAGUCUGUUGCGAAGGGUUCGCCUAUUGUGGUGAACCCGGAUCCUCCUAGCACUCGUGUUGUGGAGGUGGGCGCAUCCGCAGAAGCCGGCGUUGCCGGGGAUGCCGGUGCUGGUUCCUCUCGCCCUCCUACUGCUGCAGAGGCUAUAAAGCCUAAGCGCAAGUAUACGAAGAGGAAGACCGCCGAGGCGGGUCUCGAGGGGGCGGAGGAGCCGAAGCCCAAGCGCGUUUACAAGAGGAAGACUGCUGCUCCUGAAGCCGAACCUGCUCCUGAGGUCGGGCUUGCUCCUAUCGCCGAGGAGCAAAAGCCCAAACCCAAGCGCAAGUAUACGAAGAGGAAGACCGCCGAGGCGGGUCUCGAGGGGGCGGAGGAGCCGAAGCCUAAGCGCGUCUACAAGCGGAAGACACCUGCUGUUGAUGCAGCAGGUGCUUCUGUCGCUGAGGGUUCAAAGCCCAAGCGUACGUACAAGAGGAAGACUCCGGCCGCGAAGGGUGUACCCGCCCCCGCCCCUGCCCUCAAGGAGUGA